UACUGCAAACACGCAGUCGGACCGGUCGCUCUGUAAACUCAUCGGAACUGUUCUUAUUUAUACUGAGAAAGCUCUUCUAAUAUUUUCAUAUAGUACGAGGAAUAAGCCCUGAAAGAGUCCUUAACAACUUAUACAUAUUUCCUUAAUUCGCGAGCUAGAAUAAUUUUUUUAAUUUCGAUAAUAAGCUUGGUUCAGAACGUACUGUAUCCCUUCGUGCUUGGUACCCAACAGUAAACAAACUCCGUCUAGUAAAUAAGAUCAAUCUCAAUUUAAAUCGUUGAAAAGACGAGCUUUCUCCUUCGUGGCUGUAAUUCUUUUAUGAAAACACCACUAUCGUCCUAUGUGGAAGACUUCUUGUUGAGGGAAAAAUCUAACUUGAAACGUCUCUAAACUGGCCGGGCAUGUUAUAUAAGAUUAACUGUCCUCCAGCUUGUCAAAAAACCUUGAUUAUGUUAUCUUAUUCGAUUUUGGACUUCCCGUUACGUCAUGGCUAGAAUAUCUAUGCUUGAAUGUCGGUAUUUGGAGCAGUCGUAAGUAGAAGUUCAGAAGGCCAAUGAUCCCCUGCGAUGAUGAUGUUUUUCAAUCUCAAGACACCGUUAUUUUUUCUCUCUUUGAGCUCGUACGAACUAUUAGGAUUUUCUUUGGUUAUUUCUACCUUGAUGAGCAAUGCUAUCGGAGUGGUUGGGUUAACUGAAGGCGCUCCUGUACCUGAAUAUACUACUCUAAAUCCAUCCAUGUCAAAUACACGCGGCAAAGAGAUCAUUUUCCCGCCAAACAAGCUUGCUGACAUCACACUUGGCGGGCUUUUUCCCGUCCACCAGAAACUCAAUACCAUAUUCGGUCAGUCAUGCGGUGAACUGGAUAGCGAGAGAGGGAUACAUCGAUUAGAAGCGAUGCUGUAUGCAGUAGCUCAAGUCAACGAGAACACGACCUUGUUACCUAACAUAACACUUGGAGCUAACAUCCAUGAUACGUGUGGCCAAGACACCAUUGCAUUAGAAGAAUCCCUGGAAUUUGUAACGGAAAAGCUUAUGAGGCGCAACCCAAUCAAGUGCCAAAGCCCCGAGGGUGCCAACAGAAACCAAUCCAAGAUCGUGGCGGGGGUCAUAGGGGCAGCUUCAAGCACUGUCUCUAUCCAAGUAGCUAAUCUUUUAAGGUUAUUCAAGAUGCCGCAGAUCAGCUACGCAUCGACUAGUCCUGACCUGAGUAAUAAAUAUAAAUAUGAUUAUUUUGUAAGGACUGUUCCUCCUGAUACGCUCCAGGCGCGCGCUAUGGUCGACAUCAUCGUUGCACUCAACUGGACUUCCGUUUUCACAGUUCAUUCGCAUGGUAACUACGCCGAAAGAGGCAUAGAAAAAUUCCUUACUCUUGCCAAAGCUGCUAAUAUUUGUACAGUCUCGUCCGGCCGGCUAAGUGAGAGUCCAACAACGGAUGAAUUUGAUGUCAUUAUACAAAAGUUUAUUCAAGAGCGAAACACUCGUGGAGUUGUGCUUUUUUGCAACGACAACGAUAUACGGCAACUUCUUGAGGCAAGCGCUCGUGCAAAGGCUGUUGGGCGAUUUGUUUGGAUUGGUAGUGAGUUCUGGGGGACGAGGCGACACCCGGUCGAGGACAUCGAAGACAAAGCAAAUGGCGCAAUUACGGUGAGACUUAAAUCCGUUCAAGACGUAGGUUUCCGGGAAUACUUCACGAACCUUACGCCAGAGAAACAUUCAAAAGUUAAUCCAUGGUUUAAUGAAUUUUGGGGGCAGCAUUUCAACUGCACUAUCAGCUCCAACUCCUCUACUUGUCCCAAGAAUGCAACAUUAGAAAAGGACAUGUACCUUGACGAUAAGGUUCCAUUUGUCAUCGAUGCGGUCAAUGCCUUUGCAAACGCAUUCCAUAGGCUAUAUGUCGAUCUUUGCCCUUCGAUGACAGGACUUUGUCCAGCAAUGAAACUAUCCCAAAUGGGCCCAAUCUUGCUUGAGGCUCUGAGGAACACCUCGUUUGAAGGCGCAAGUGGUAGGGUACGAUUUGACGUUCAUGGAGACUCUUCAGGUCGUUAUGACAUCUUUAGAUUUAUCAGAGGUGAUUACAUCAAGGUCGCGUCAUGGGACGACAAGCUCGUUGAUGUCUCCUCCCUGUUAUACAAGAAAGAUGAGAGUGCAAGUACCAUAGAGUCUUACUGCUCUGUUCCAUGUGGGAUUGGAUACUACAGGGAGUUAAAAACAGAUAAGUCGUGCUGCUGGUCUUGUAAGCCAUGCGGAGAGGAUGAGUAUGUUCAAGACUAUACAAGAUGUACUUCUUGUCCAAUUGGUGAGACAUCCACUCUCAAUCGCACCACAUGCCGAAUGCUGGAUCUUCGCUACAUCUCUUCUAAUUGGACAAUUAUGGUCACAUGUAUAGCUGGUAUAGGAAUAGUCUGUACUUGCUUGGUGGCGGUAGUGUUCGUACGCUUCAGCGACACACCACUCGUCAAGGCGUCUGGUCGAGAGCUCACAUUCAUGCUUCUUUUGGGUUUGCUCUUGUGCUACGGUGUUGGGAUUGCGCUCGUUCUCCAUCCCUCGACAUUCAUUUGCUACAUUCAAAGAGGAGGGGUUGGUUUCUGCGUUUGUGUUUGUUAUUCAGCACUUCUCAUCAAGACAAACCGUAUUGCAAGAAUCUUUAAGAAAAGCGAACGCUCCACUAGACCACCAGGUUUUAUAAAUCCACUCUCCCAACUUGCUAUACUCGCAGCUUUGGUCGGAAUUGAAAUGAUUCUCGCAGGAAUCGGAAUUGUAACGUGGCCACCGAAAGCAUCCCGAAUGUAUCCGACAAAAACCGAUAUGUUAUUGACGUGUAAUAUUCAAAACUAUGACCUCAUGGUCGCUCUGUUGUAUAAUAUGCUGCUUAUUUUCCUGUGCACGUGGUAUGCGUUCAAGACGCGCAAAACGCCGGCGAACUUUAACGAAGCGCGCUACAUCGGUUUUGCCACUUACACGACAUGCGUUAUUUGGCUGACGUUCUUGCCUGUACAGUUUGGCGUGAAUGACAAGGACUAUAAAACUAUCACUCUAAGUGUGAACAUUACUCUUAACGCUACAACCCUCUUGUUGUGUGUCUUCGGGCCAAAGAUCUACAUAUUGAUAUUUAGGCCAACGAGGAACGUACGAAGUCGUUCCCAGACAACAUGGAGGACAGACCAAGAUAGUAGUACGAAUACAGGACGAACUAAAUCUGAUAGUGAACUCAGUCAAGUUGAGCUUGGAUUUGACAACCCAGUAGGAGUCAAAGAAAAGGAAAUUCCCCACAAGAACCUGCCAGAUUCAGUGUUCUACUUAAGUCGAUAGUCUAGUUACUCCAUUGACAAAGUUCAUGGGAAGCAUGGGCAGCGUAGCGGUGAGAGUGCUCGCCUCUCACCAAUGUGACCUGGGUUCAUUGUGAGUUGAGUUGAUUGUUGGUUCUCUCCUGUGCUUCGAGGGUUUUCCCGAGUUCUCCGGUUUUCCUCCCUCCGCAAAAACCAACUUCUAAAUUCCAAUUCGAUCUUGAGCUUUCACCUAGUAUGGAUCUGAGGGUUCCAUUCAUGAUUGUCCCACUCUGUGGUUACAGAGAAAACUGAUAGAUUUAAGUUUCGGAUGAAUUCGGAAUUUGGUUUGCUAGGUUUCAUGGAGGGAGAAAAGCAAGAAAACUUAGAACAAAAUCUCAAACUAAGGGCUCACAUGUGAUGGAAUCAAACCCGAGACCCCAGAGGCCAUAGGUGAGUGGACUGCUGAUACAUCACCCUUGAUUAGGGCAAGGUUGCAGCUCUAAGAAGAUAUAAACCAAUUGGAUGACUACAAUAGAAACGAAUAGAAGUAGAACAAGGUGACAAUGAAAACUAUUGUUUGCUUUGGCCAAUCUCGGCAGUGCUCUUUAGAGGGUGUGACAUUACUGAUUAUUUACUGGAAUAAUCGCAAACAUGAAGAAUUUGACUUGAUACAGCAAUGUAUUGCGUAUUUAUUAGUGCUACUUUAAUUUGCUUUGUCUAACAUUAUUAUUUGAUGCAAAUAACUUGCAACUAAGGAGUUACAAAAUUAUUUAAAAUUUUAUGCUUUUGAGGUAUCUCCAUGACAACUGUUGCUAUGCAACACACUAUACCAUUUAAUUUAAAAAAUGUUAUUUAUGCAUAAAGCAGCUCUUAUGAGUUUUAUGUGCUGUGCUAUGCUGUGAUGGCAGUGGUAGUGGGAUGAUUGUGAAUUCUGUGUUGCAUAAUAUGACGUGUGCCAUAUUAGCAUGCAACAAUACCUCCACAGUCCUACCAUUAACUUGUGGGGCUUUAAUCUUUACUCGCACCACUGAUUUUACUUGUGUGACAUGUGCUACAUUGCCUUGCUGCUUAUAUAUAUAUAUUUAAUCUUGCCACACAAAAUGUAAUUAAUAUAUAAAAAAUAUAUAUAGGCAAAAGUAAAAGUUUGUUAAAAGUUUUGUACAUUCUCGACAACUGUCAUCUUCAGAAAAGAUGACACUUGUCAAAGAUGAAGACAACACUUGUCAAAAACGUUCAAACCUUUUAACAAACUUUUACUUCUGCCCAUUUAUAUUUUGAAAAAUUCUUAUCAGCAAAGUAUUAAGACAAAUAUUUUUAAUAUUUACUGUGCGAACACAUUAACCGGGAUCACUUGAAUAAAACUAACCAAUCAGAUAACAGUAAACCAGACAGAGAUUGAAAUGAUAACAUGUCUUAGCCAAUCAGAUUAUGGUGUUCUCACGCUCUCAUUAUAUCAUAUGCUAUCUGAUUGGCUGGUUAAAAAUAUUGAACUAUAUGUCGCAAUAUGAUUGGUUAAUGAUACUAGUUUCUCAAAGUGGUCCUGAUUGGAGUAUCACACAGUAAGCAAUAUGCUUAAGUAUCAAUUUUUGACGCGAUUGCAAAGAUUAUUCCACUGAUUAAAAAUGUAGAUGAUUUAU